UUGUGCGUCCGCCGUUGGACGACAGUCUCACGAUAUCAUGGAGGUCCUGCCGUGUCCCGUCAAUGUGGACUUCAGCAACACCCGUGCUGGAAGCGAGACGGACGAAUUGGACGGUGCCUGUCAGGCGCUGGCGAAGAGGCUGGAGGUUGAGCUCAGGAGGGCUAAACACGCCCAGCUGGCUUGCGGUGAGGUCCUUCUACCUGCCGAUCUGCUGCCCAAGAUAGCCAAAGAUGUACUUACGAUGGCGGAGAACGAGCCCUGCGGCCUUCGAGGCUGCACGUUGUUCAUCAGCUUCGAGACGGACAGCAUGUGCCGCAAACUGUCGAGAAUACAGUGCGAUCCCAGUACUGUGUCGACGUUCGAGCUUUAUCUCACGCUGAAGCAGGACCACACGUCCUGGCACAUGCUGCUGCCGCAGUUCUUAAAAAAUCUCACGCGUGGUGGCACCAUCAUGAUCAGUAGGGACUUCACUUUGCAGAAGAAGAAACUCUACAGGUCCUUCCAGCAAUCUCAUUGAGGGGCCUCGGGAUCACAACACCGGGGCUCUGCACGUUUAACGAUCACCCGUUUUGUGUAAAACGGGUGCGGCCAUUUUUGUCAGUCUGCCGCCCUGUGGGCGUCAGCCACAAAUUUGUACAAUAUUGGAAGACCAGGAAGGAAAAAAGAAACUAAGAGAUGGCGGAAGCACAGAAUGCGGACCUGAGGUUAGAUUUCGUCGUUUACGGCACGCUGUAAAAUUCGCGAACACCACGUUCGCGAUCGCGCGGGAUGUUGCGUUUAACCCUUUAACUUGAAGAUUACAUUUGGAUUUUCUAUAUGAAUGACAUUUCACUUUACGAGAGAGACUACUUUUUGAACGAGGAUACUCGCACGUACGAGCGGGAAUGAGAUUGUUCUGUGUGUUUAGAAUUUAUUCAUUGGAUAUGUGAAGAAAUGUAGUUCGUAGAAAUGCUGCUUUACAGUGUAAACUAAUUGCAGUUUGAACGCAAAAAGUUACAUCUCGAGAUCUAGCGAUGCAUGGAUCUAAAGAUCGAAGAAUCUAGAUGUCCACGGACCUAAUAGUUUGACAAAAUUGGGACCUAAAAAAACGAACAAUCUAAAUAUCUCAAUUCUAUAAGAUCCGGUGAUUAAAGAAUUCAAUCAGUUGAAUUAUAAUUGCAAUCCAGAAAAAAAAUAGUUAAACGGUUAGGUUUGAAGGACAUUGGAAUUGAAAAAAAAAUUGCAAAGCUAGUUUAUAAGACACGUAGAGUUUGAGGCCCGUUGGAGUUUGAGGACCGUAGCAUUUAAGGCUUUCAAAAUCUAGGGAUCUAGAUUUUGGAAUUAUAAGUAUUGUAAAGGUAAGGUGUGAAUCUAACACGCUCUGAAUCCGCUGAACGGGCGGAGGUCGGUUAAAGGGUUUAACGACGACAACAUCAUCGCACUUUUUGUCUGCUGUCACCAUGCAAUACUGUAUUCAAAGGAGAGAGGCCUAUUACGCGUUCGAUAAUUGUGAUAGCGCGAGACAAGUUCUAGUAGUAACAGAUCUUAUAUCGCGAGGAGGAGGAGGUGGUCUCUCGCGUCUUCGUUCUUGAAGAGGAUAUGUGAUUAUAAGACUUGUAACAAAUUUCACGUGAUACGUAGCGAGUAUAAUUAGUUUUUAGAGAGCGCGUUUUACUGAUUAAUCGUAGUCAGGUAGCUAUUAGUCGCGUCGGAUGUGUUUAGUGACGAACCUUCGAAGAAAGCCCGUGUGUGUCUCUUUCACACAUGGGCGAGCACAUUGUCCAUUUUUCAUUGUGAAAUGCGAAAUGAUCAUGUUGGAGUUAAUGUGGCAGCAUAUAUUUCCCAGAUAUGAAUUUCUUUAUGAAAAUUUUGCAGGAUAGCCCCAGAGAAAAUAGAUCCGAAUGAGACUAUCAUUUUGUGAUUAAUCGAGUCACUACAUAUACACAUUGAUAUUAACACCAGGAAUAUAAUUCGAGUAUAUAAAAUCGAAUUAGCCUACAUUGAGAAGCGUAAGAAUUCAAAUAAUCUACAUUUUCUAAUUAAUUUGUACAUUUUCUACCGAGAAAAAAAAAUUUUUUUUUUUUUUUUCUUAAAGCACUUGUAACAAAAUUAAUUCCAAGUAGGGUGUUCUCAGAGUACACGUUGUUUGGGACAUCCUGCAUAUCCUGUUGGUAGAGAUAUGGUACAGAUGUUCAGCCCAUACCGUCAUUCCAUCAAUCGAUCUUUCUCCCUUCGUCAUUUUCUCCCUUCAUAACAGUCGCUACAUGUGUGAACAAUCUCAUUAAAUUAUAAUAACAUCUUCUCUCGAUGUCGCGAUGCUGGUAAUCGUUCCCGCGCGAUAUUACUGACAAAUGUUAUUAAUAUUUAUCAUUACCGGGUGGUUCGUCUUGACAGCAACUUAUUUAUAAAGCCGCAUUGAAUUUGUUUGGCGCAAAGCAAUACGUUUCCGCCUUCUGCAUUGUUCUAUUUCAAUUUGAAUUUCAAUGUUUCGUGUUUUUUUUCCCCCGAGAUUUUUUAGUUCUGCGAGUACGAAAAUUAUUUCGAUGAGUGGAUUCUGUGAAAAGUUUAGAGCUUGCGAGAUUUUUCAGUCUCGCACAGAUUUUUCGUUUUCAACAAUCGGCAGGACUAGGAAGAGAUCCCUUAACGAGAUAACGAGUAAAGCGAUGCAAUUUUCAACACUUCUGAAUGUAUCUUAAACUUGUUAAGUCACGAGACAAGAAUCAAUCUCUUAUUAUAUGUCUAACAGAUAGUUUAAAAAGUGUAAUUGUGUAAAAUCGUGCAGACGUAAAUUGUAUAUCCACUAGGCUAGAUUAGAGUUGAACUAUAUCUCUCGGUGUAAUCUGAAGGAGACGAUCCAUCUUGAAACUGUAUCGCUUUAACUCUACGUAGCUUCAAACAGAUUUUCACAGGGAAACAAUGACGAGAUGAGCUCUCGCGUUCGUCGUUUAAACGCGUUAAAAGGGACGAAGGAUUAGAGAGAGAGAGAGAGAGAGAGAGAGAGAGAGAGAGAGAGGAUUAACGUUCUGCCAUUAAAUUGUUCAUAAUCUUCGCUUCAAUUUGUCAUUAUUAUUAUUAUUAUUAUUAUUCGUUGACUACCGUACGUACUAUUACUUACGUUGUGGUUAAUACUUGUUCGGCGUUCUUUUUGUGUCUAAUUUUUUUUACUACUUUACUCCUUUUUCGUUCUGUUCUUUUUUUUACUUUGCUUCGGUUGCUUUUCGUCGUAGCGCGAUUAAAAACCUUAGUGGCGGUAUUGUGAUAUUAAGAAUUACAAAGUGAUUGAGAGAAAAAGAAGCAAGUGUGUGUGAUUAUCGUUAGAAUUUAGAUUAAAGACGCUCGCGUAAAGUUUUCUUCACGGGGUCGAGAGAAAUGUGUUUGCGUACAGGGUUACGAGCCCUUCCCGUUUUACCUUCGCGCAAGAGAGAAAGAGGAGUACAUUGAAAUCGAAAACCUCUUCGUAGUUUACUUACAUAGGAUGGCGACGCUUUAACCGGUGAAUCGAAUAUUUAUGUCAGAAAGUGAGGCUUCCCUUUACGAACUGCAUUACAACAGGAUGCGUAUAGCAACGAGACUCAAUGGAAUUAGAUUGAACUCGUUUCUUUUUUUUUGUAUGUGUGUGAUAAAAUGGAACUGUCUCUUUCAAAGUCGGCGAAGCAAGAAAAAAAAAACCCGAUGCUGUUGCAAUGAAAUUCACUGUUUAAGAGAUAAACUUGUAUCGAAAGAUUUAUUUGUAUAUAUUUUAUUUUAUACAUUAAAAUAAAUUAUAAUUUUUAUUGAAAAGGAA